UUCUCAGCUCGGCACUGCACAGGCCUCUGGAAUUUGAGCUACGGUUUGUGGACCUGAACCAGCUAAAACAUCACAGCCGCCGUGGAAAUCUCACCUCGCCUUGCUCAAGUGAUCUCUGAAAGACUCAGAAUGCGCACACGCAAAGCCAACAAGUCAAAACGAUUCAGCUUCACCGAAACCUAUGGCAUUGAGUCGGACGACGACUCGGACAGGCCCGCUGAGGUCGAAGACGCUGACGAGGACGAUGAUGUCGACUUUGACGUGACUCAAGAUGUCGAAGGCGGGCAAGGUGCCAGCGACGACGAUGAGGAUGACGACGACGAACAAGACGCAGAGGUCGAGGAUGAGGAGCCACUGGGAGGGGGGGAUGAGCUUGGGGCAGUCGACGGGGAUGGCAUUGUUCUCGUUGAAUCUGAGGACGACGGCGUCGUCGGCACCCCCAGAAAGCGCCACACCAGAGUUCCAAGAGGGAGGGGCAGGUGGAGGAAGAACCUCCCAAAGCGCACAACGGUCCAUGCUGUGCCUCCGUACCCAACCGACCUGCGGAAAACUCGGGUCUACGACGGACCUCUGAAGCGAUGGACCCGCAGCCACCAGCUCCUCGCCAUGCUCUACGGUCCCGACCAGGCACGCCUCGCUGUCGCGAGAGGCAUGUUCAAGAAAUGGUUCUCGAGUCAGGUGCUGCCCGGCAAGACUCACUCUGGGAGAGGCGGCGUCAUGUCAAGUCCCUGGCUGGCAGAGGACUAUGAGGUGAAGCAGAGACAGUGGGCCAGGGCGUGGCAGGAGCGGUGUCGUGCUGCCAAGCAAAUCCAACGCUCGCACAAAAUCCGACCCGAGCACAUCGACAUGUUCAGGCCGCCCCCAGAAAGCUUGGUGUGUUUUCUGGGCCCCUUCAACAACCAGACCCAAGCGCGGUCAAGCUACGGGUAUGGCCAACCUCUAUUGGAGACUGGACAGCCACAAGCCGCGAUCGAUCCAGAACUACAACAAGAAGCCACGCCGGCUAGAGGGUGGCUGUUGGAUACUGGCGGCCUGCCGCUGGGGAUAGGCUGGGCACCUAUCACGGGACGUCAGGAGCAGUAUCUGGCAGUCUGCACUAUUCCACCUUCAGACCAGGAGAUCAAAUUGUCGCGUUCACCUGAAGGAGAGUUGGGGGAGGAGAAUAAGGGCAGCGUCCAAAUAUGGUCGAUCCCAUGCCACAAAGCUGACGGUAGCCACGCCCGCUUGGCACACCAUUUCUGGUUCGACUGGGGCCGGCCGAAGCGGUUACAGUGGUGUCCCAUCCCUUCGCCUGACGACUCCACCAUCGGACUACUUGCCGUCCUGUGUGGCGAUGGUCAAGUAAGGGUCCUCGAAGUUCCCAAGCCGAAUUCUGAUCAGACAAUCUACGAAUGGAUCACGAGCCCCGUUGCCACCAUUGGCUUCACGGACGAGUACAUGGUCCAUGCAACGUCCCUCGCCUGGGUCAACACUAAUCGCAUUUGCCUGGGCCACACUGAUGGUUCAAUCAGUCUCUGGUCUAUCUGUCCCCGUCACAUGCUGAUGCGGAAAUCCGUUCACAUAAGCUACAUUCUCGACAUCGCCAGCGGCUUUCCUUCAUACCCUUAUCAUAUCUCUUCCACGCCGGUAGGUGGUUGUCCGACCGUGACGGAUCUCAACCUCCCAAGUGCAGAGACAACCUACAUCCCUAUGGUCGGCACCGUCAACUUCCAGCACAACCUCGUGGACUGGAACGACCACCUGCAAGGCUUCUUCGGCAUGCAUCCAGCGCCGAUCCCACACAACACCAUCAUCGGCUGGGGGCACAUACGCUACUAUACCCAGAGCCGCACGCUCAUGACGACGCCCAACCCGCCCAUGUGCCUCGCCUCGGGGAGGACGCAUCCCUUCACCCUAGUCGGCUGCGCAGACGGCAGCCUAUGGGCCAUCAAUCCCCUGCGGAUCCUUCUCAAGGACCGCGGGGACCCCAUCUACAAGCUCAAGAUCUUGCAGCACGAGUUCCGGCCCCCAGCCAAGCUCGGCGGCGUCGUGCCACAGCAGCAGCAGUCGGGCGGAGAGGUUGUCCGCGGCGCGGCUCGGAUCCUGCAGGGCUUUCUGCCCGAGAUGAACAGCAACCCUCGCGCCGAGUAUGUGAGGGAGCAGAACAAGAAGAGGAACGAGGCGAACCGGAGGAAGUCCAAGGGCAAGGGCAAGAAGAAGGCACUUGAGGAGGACACCGAUGAUGAGGAUGACCUGCUGACGAAGGGGGAGGGCAAGGCUCUGUCGAAGCUGCUGGACGAGACCAGGGCGGUUGUCCACGACGCAAGGACGAGAAUUGUGGUGGCGGCGUGGAAUCCCAAUGUUGAAUAUGGCUGGUGGGCGGCGGCCGCGAUGGGUUCUGGGCUAGUCAAGAUCAUGGACCUUGGGAUUGGAGAAUGA